AUGCCGGAAAACUCAACUUUCACUCUUGAGUCGUUGAAACAGUUGCGGAUUGGAGAUCAAGUCCUUGUAGUAAGUUGCUUAAAGUAUGGUCUUAAAAUAUGUCAUCAAUGGAAUUUUAUCGUCAACUUUUUCGAGUUGCGAUGCUCAAAUUUUCUAAAAAAUGAGCGUGCUUAUUCUAAAAUAUCUAUGAAGAAGUUUUUGAUUUCUACCACCUUAGGCUCUCACUGAUGUCAAUGUGGAAGUGAAGAACGUCGUGGAGGUCUUGGAUCUUGUGAUUGACAUAGUUAUUUGCGUGGUUUAUGGCCUAGCAAUUUUAAGCUGCUUGCUGAUCCUUCUAUUAUUCUUGUUGUACCAAAGACAACGUCGCAAGGACAAGAACUUGGAAUGGUUGGAAGCUCAGGAGCAGGAGUCUUUAGUGGACUUGGAAGAUCCUUUGGAAACCGUAUGA